AUGGAGUCUCAUAGCAGCUGGGUGGAUAUACCCAGGGAGUCGCAUUUCUCCCUGGCCAAUAUACCAUUUGGAAUCAUCACAACUUCAUAUUCAGUCGAGAAGCAUGCAGCAGUCGCUAUUGGAGAUCAUGUUCUAGAUCUACAUGAGUUUGCGUCCCGCAGCGGUUUCGUGGAACUUCAGGACUUUACUUCUGCUCAAAUCGCAACAUUCUCACAGCCUACAUUGAAUGAUUUUGCCGCACUCGGCCAAGAAGUUCAUUCCAAGGUGCGUAAGUAUUUGCGAGAUGUCUUUUUGAAGGAAAGCCCGUUCCCCGAUAUCCUGAGGGACAACAUAGAAGCCCAGCGCGCCAGUCUCUUUCAAAGAGAUCAAAUCACUAUGCACCUUCCAAUGAAAAUCGGAGGGUACACAGAUUUCUUCGCAGGCAAAAAUCAUGCGUACAACUGUGGCUGCAUAUUUAGGGACCCUGCAAAGGCCUUGCAACCCAACUAUCUCCAUUUGCCUGUCGCUUAUAACUCACGAGCUUCAUCGGUCGUAGUGUCAGGCACGGAUAUACGCCGACCUCUAGGGCAGACUUUGGAUACUGCAUCAGCGUCCGAGUCAAUAUUUGGCCCUUGCCGCCGGCUUGACAUGGAGCUUGAGUUAGGCGCGUUUCUCUGUAAGGGCAACAAGCUCGGCGAACCCAUCAAUGUCGACGAGGCUGAACAAUAUAUUUUUGGGUUCAUCCUGCUGAACGACUGGUCAGCUCGGGACAUACAAGCUUGGGAGGCGGUUCCCUUAGGACCUUUCAAUGCCAAAACUUUUGCAACGACCAUCAGCCCUUGGGUUGUGCUAAAAGACGCUUUGGAACCAUUCCAUGCUCCUGGAAUAUUAAAUGAGACUAAACUGCAUAAAUACCUGCAGGAAUCACGGAAGGACAACGUCUAUGAAAUCAACCUGGAAGUAGAGUUGAGAUCAAUCGACGGUGAUACGGCAACUCUGUCCCGCACGAAUGCCCACAAUCUCGUGUAUUCCUUCGCACAGAUGAUCGCUCACCACACAAUAGGUGGUUGUCCUCUCGAAGUAGGUGAUUUGAUAGGGUCGGGAACAAUUAGUGGCACUGAGCCUGGAACGCUAGGCUCAUUGCUCGAGGCUUCUAAUGGAGGAAAGAGGGCCCAUCAUCUAUCUCCUACCAUUAAUCGUACGUUCUUGGAAGAUGGAGAUCGUGUUACUAUUCGAGGGUGGUGUGGUAGUGAAAAGUUGGAACUGGUUGGAUUUGGGGAGUGUUCAGGAACAAUCCUUUCAGCAUCCAAACCGGCGUGGUUGGAUACCUGAGGCAUAGAAAUUUAAGCGAGGGAUGUUAGUUUUAUCGUUGUAAAGGAACCCUGAGGCCUGG